UGUCAUCUACAUAGAAUUAUCACUCUGUUAAGAUUCUUUUUUUGGCCGCAAUCUCAGUGAACUCCUGCUAUAUAUGAUGUGGUUUAACAACAAAUUCGUUUAGUUUAAUUUGGAUUUUAGCCGAGUGAUCAUCGGACAGAACUAGUGUAUUCAAACAUUUUCUGAUAAGCUGAGGAGGGCCCAAAAUGAAGAUUUGGAUAUUUGCUCUAUUCGUAAUCAGCUCAACGGUCAUCGUUGAUGCUGUAAUCCAUGAAAUUUAUACAAGCAGAAGAACCAGUGGUGUUGCUUCAGGUAGACCUGCUGCUGUUGGUGGUGAAGAAAAAAAGGUCAUUUGUGUAUACAACAGUACAAGCAUCACUCGAGAAGGCAUUGGAAAAGUGUCAGUAUUGGAAUUAGACCCGGCUAUUCCAUUAUGUGAUAUAUUAGUGUAUGGAUGGGCGGGUAUCGAUCCGGCAACCAGUAAAUUGAAGUCAUUAAACGAGAAAUUAGAUUUAGACGCCGGCCAAGGACUUUAUCGUCAAGUGACCAAUCUGAAGAAUAAAUAUCCAAAGCUAAAGGUGUUGUUGGGUAUUGGUGGUGGUGCUGAUCCAAAUCAAGAUAUUUACAAUCAGUUCUUGGAAAAUCCAUCCGCAUUCGGAACAUUCAUCAAUAGCGCUUAUACAACGAUUAAAACCUAUAAUUUUGAUGGAUUUAAUUUUGCAUGGCAAUUCAAAACGAAUAAACCGAAACGUGUUCGUUCGGGCAUCGGUAGUUUUUGGUAUUCGGUUAAAAAAACAUCCGGAUUGGCUGGCAAACCGCUCGAUGAAAAUGGUGAACAACAUAGAAAUGCAUACACUGAGCUGAUACGUCAAGUGAAAAAUGCCAUUCGACCGGACAAUUAUCUUUUAACGGUUACGCUGUUGCCCAAUCAAAAUACGACCGUGCAUUACGAUGUAGCCGGUUUAACACCGAAUGUUGACUAUUUCAUACUUGCCGCUUACGAUUAUCAAACAUGGGAUCGAAAUCCAAAUGAAGUCGAUUAUCCAGCACCGAUCUAUGCACCAACUGAUCGUAUACCGGAGAAUAAUAUUGAUUUUCAAGUGACUCUUUGGCUGCAAAAAGGAGCUCCGGCCAACAAAUUGAUUGUAGGUAUUCCAACUCAUGGCCGAAGCUGGAAAUUAGAAAAAGACUCCACCGUAAAUGGUCUUCCACCCAUUUUGGAAGUUGAAAAACCUGGAGCGGCUGGCAUUCAGACGAACCAAGCUGGUUUCUUAACUUACCCAGAAGUAUGCACACUUUUGCCAAACCCAAGCAAUACUGGUUUAACUGGUGAACACAAAGCACUGAUCCCAAAACGCGACUCAGUAUUGCGAUAUGGCAGCUAUGCUUAUCGUCUUCCCGAUGACAAAGGAAAAUAUGGCAUUUGGAUUGGAUAUGAAGAUCCAGAAACAGCUCAAAGCAAAGCCUCAUACGUUAUUAAUAAAAACUUAGCGGGCGUUUCAAUUCAUGAUUUGAACAACGAUGACUUCCGAGGUGCAUGCACUACAAACAACGAUAAAUUCGCUAUUUUACGCGCCGCCAAAUAUCGUUUGCAACAAUCAUAAUUUUUUUUUGGAGAAUUUCGUUUCCAUACACCAUAUUUUUUUUCAUGAAUUUUAAUCAAUAAAUUUUUUGCCUUUUUUCGUGAGAAAAAUGGAAAACAAUUGUA